GAUUUUCUGUUUUAUACAAGAAAUGCAUGUUAUUAGAUAAUUAAACCAUACUCAGAGAAAUAAACAAAGCCAUAGGGACUGCAGUUGGUCCCCAGAAAGAAGCAGCUGGAAGAAGGCGAGUGAGUCCAUGGGUAGACGGAAGAACGGUCACUUGUGUCUGAGACUCAGACAAGAAUGGCCCUGGUUUUUCCAGGAGGCCGAGGCAUGGCAUCUCUGAGACCAUAAGGACCCGUGCUUGGGACUUUCUGUCUGGGUGUGCUCUAACACUCUCCACGCAGCUACUCAGGAGACAGCGGGCAGGAAAAGACAGUUGCAGGAAUACUGCCUCUCUCACUGGUUCUUCUCAGCUCCAAGUCCUCUGACUAACAACUCAGAGGGGCCCUGGACCCUCAGACCAAAAUCCCUUGCCAGAUUCUCUCUCAGGAAGGGCGGCCUGGGCCACUCCGCCUUUUGCCCAGCCAGCAGCCCUCUAGGCUCUGCUGCUCUCCAUUCCCCAGCCCUGUCUCCACCCCCACCAGCCUUGGCUGAGGCAGCCCUUUCGGGAGAGCUGGGCUUGGUGGGUGCACAGCAUUCUCGCUGCCGGAUGUUAAUCCUCCAAACAAAGUCAAACAUUAGCCCAGGAGACAGCUUAUGCCUUAUAUAAGGCCCCCUGGGGGAGACGCAAACAGCCUGUUAGAGCUGAGCUGUCCUACCACAGCGGCCGGCUGCCGGACCCUAGGACAGAGCACGGGCCACCACCACAUCCACCUCCAGCCCCACUGGAUCCAGCCCCAGCCACCAGCUUUGGUUCAUCUUGCCUGGCGCCAUGACCUUCUCCGAGAUUCUGGACCGUGUUGGAAGCAUGGGCCCCUUCCAGUACCUGCAUGUGACCUUGCUGGCCCUCCCAGUCCUCGGAAUAGCCAACCACAACUUGCUACAGAUCUUCACAGCCACCACCCCUGCCCACCACUGUCGCCCGCCACCCAACGCCUCAAUAGGGCCCUGGGUGCUCCCCUUGGAUCCAAAUGGGAAGCCUGAGAAGUGUCUCCGUUUCAUGCAUCUGCCCAAUGCCAGUCUUCCCAAUGAUACCCAGGCGGCCACUGAGCCGUGCUUGAAUGGCUGGAUCUACAACAGCACCAGAGACACCAUUGUGACAGAGUGGGACCUGGUGUGCAGCUCCAAAAAACUGAAGGAGAUGGCCCAGUCGGUCUUCAUGGCAGGCAUACUGAUUGGAGGGCCCGUGUUUGGUGAACUGUCAGACAGGUUUGGCCGAAAGCCCAUCCUGACCUGGAGUUACCUAAUGCUGGCAGCCAGUGGCUCAGGCGCUGCCUUCAGCCCCAGCCUCCCCGUCUACAUGAUCUUCCGAUUCCUGUGUGGCUGCAGCAUCUCAGGCAUUUCUCUGAGCACCGUUAUCUUGAAUGUGGAAUGGGUACCCACCUCGAUGCGGGCCAUCUCAUCAACAUCAAUUGGGUACUGCUACACCAUUGGCCAAUUCAUUCUGUCCGGCCUGGCCUAUGUCAUUCCUCAGUGGCGCUGGCUACAGUUAACUGUGUCUGUUCCCUUCUUCGUCUUCUCCCUGUUAUCCUGGUGGGUACCAGAGUCCAUUCGCUGGCUGGUUCUGUCUGGAAAGUUCUCAAAGGCCCUGAAGACGCUCAAGCGGGUGGCUACCUUCAAUGGCAAGAAGGAGGAGGGGGAAAAGCUCACCACUGAGGAGCUGAAGUUCAACCUGCAGAAGGACAUCACCUCAGCCAAGGUCAAAUACGGCUUAUCUGACUUGCUCCGGGUAUCCAUCCUGCGCCGUGUGACCUUCUGUCUCUCCCUGGCCUGGUUUUCUACUGGUUUUGCCUACUACAGUUUGGCUAUGGGGGUAGAAGAAUUUGGAGUCAACAUCUACAUACUCCAGGUCAUCUUUGGUGGGGUCGAUAUCCCAGCCAAGUUCAUCACAAUCCUCUCCAUAAGUUAUCUAGGCCGGCGCAUCACCCAAGGCUUCCUCCUGCUCCUGGCAGGAGGGGCCGUCUUGGCACUCAUCUUUGUGUCUUCAGAAAUGCCGCUCGUGAGAACAGCACUGGCUGUAUUUGGGAAAGGAUGCCUGUCUGGCUCCUUCAGCUGCCUCUUCCUCUACACGAGUGAACUCUACCCCACAGUCCUCAGGCAAACAGGUAUGGGCGUUAGUAACGUGUGGGCUCGAGUGGGAAGUAUGAUAGCUCCCCUGGUGAAAAUCACGGGUGAGGUGCAGCCCUCUCUCCCUAAUGUCAUCUUUGGGACCACGGCCCUAUUGGGAGGCAGUGCUGCCUUCUUCCUGCUUGAGACCCUCAACCGGCCCUUGCCUGAGACUAUCGAGGACAUGCAAGACUGGCACCAGCAAGUCAAGAAGACAAAGCAGGAGCCAGAAGCAGAAAAGGCAUCGCAGACAAUCCCUCUGAAGACUGGUGGAUCAGACCCAAGCUGAGAACAGAAUCUUCUCCCCUGCCCUCCAGAGACCGAUCCCAAGCAGGAUCCUUCCAGGGCUUCUCAAGCACCUUAGGGCUUGGGGGAGACCCUGGGUGGGCCCAUACUCUUAGAACAAAGAUUUCUGAGAGUUCAGUCAAGGUAUCUCCACCAUCACCACCUCCACCGUCGCCCACAACCCAGACCUCACCUGUUCAAAGCUCUGACCACAAGGCUUCCCAUACUCACCCCUGCACUCAUCCUCCCUGCAACCCAGGGCCUGCCCUCCCAUCUGCCCUUUCUGUAUUGGCCACUUUCCUCCAUUGUCCCAUCUCCAUUUCCCUUGAGAUCCCCUAGCAGGUAGUUCUUUCCUCCCCCAAAUUCUUUCCUUGGUGGGAAAUUUCAAUAAACCACAAUGAAGAACUCA